AUGGUGCGCACAGGCGCCAUCGGCGAGUUCGCCGUCGGCAUCGCCGACUACGCGGGCGGGCCGGUUUUCGAGGCCGCCGCGGCGCGCAUCGCGCAGGCCGGCUGGCGGCUCGAGGUGCACUCGCUGACGUCGGCCGACUUUCAGACGCAGAUCGAGGGGUUCGAGGCCGUCAACGCGGCGACCGACAUCACGGCGCUGCGCUGGGUCGUCGCGCACGUGCCGCUCAUCACCGCCGAGUUCCUGGGCCGGCUGAAGAAGCUGGGCGGUGGAGUUAACCUGUCAGGCUACCAGUACCUGGCCGGCGACGGGAACGCGUCGCGGCCGGCGGGCCCGCCGUUCCGGCUGGUGGUGGAGAGCGGGAUCGCCGCGGGCAUGGGCGGCGACGGCGCCAACAUUGCGCCGCUGAAUCCGUGGAUCCAGGCGUACUAUGCCACGACGGGCCGCAAUGCGCGUGGCCAUCUCAUCAACCCCGGGCAGCAGCUAAGCCGCGCCGAGGUGCUGGCCAUGUACACGCGCGCCAACACGUGGUUUCUGGGAGGGCCGGACGAGGGCCAGCUGGGUGUCUUGGAGGUCGGCCGUCUCGGGGACGUGGCGGUGCUGAGCGAUGACUUCUUCGCCGUGCCGGACGAGCAGCUCAAGCACAUCCGCAGCGUGCUGACCGUCGUGGGCGGCGUCGUGGUGCAUGACAGCGGCGAGCUCACGACUUCGGCCCAAGGUAGAGACGUCUAGUUAGGCGUAGUUGAGACGCAUGGAAUUUUAUGAAAAUUGCAUGGUACUGCUGCU